AAUUUUUGAUGUCUACAAAAUCCCAGCAACAUAGAGUCAGAAUUAAGAAAGAAAUCUCAAAAUCCCUCAAUAACACUUCUUCUGACUCGCUCCUUGGCCAGACUCUGAACCACGCCAUGCUCGAAAGCAAGAUCGAAACUGAUGAUGCAUACCCUACGGUUGAAGAGUGGCUUGCGAUGCCAGACGCUGAGAAAAUAAAUGUCCUGCAUGACUCGCUGCUUGAACUGUACCUGAAUCUGAAAAUCAGGAACUUCAAUAACACCAUUGACUCCGAGAAAGUGGACGAAGAGCUGGAUAAGCUCAAGAACGUCGAAACUCUCACGCUGGUGGAUUACAUUUAAGAGUUGAGUCGAAAUUGUGAUGGCCAUGAAAGCUGAAGAAGACAAAGAUAAAGUCGAAGAAGCUGUCAAACAACGAAUGAAAGACCUCCACAGCAAAGGCCAGUACGACUUGUCCCAGUCUCCUGAAGAAUACGAAAAGAUCAUUCAGAAACUGGAGGCCGAAGUGCGGAAUCACAUUUCUGUGCAGCAGCAAAUGAAGCUAUACAUUGAAAGUUACCAAGCCAAAGUAGAAGAGCUGGAGCCACUGGAAGAAAAAUAACUCCAAACUCAGACAGAAAGUCGGAGAACUCAGCAAGAGCAGGGACGACAUCGAGCGAGACAGAAAUUCUCUUCGAAAGAAGCUUGAUAAUAACCAGAAAGACUUCGAGAAAAGAAUUGACGAGCUGACCAAGAAAGUCAAAGACCUUCAAGGCAAACUCGAUGUCAGGAGUGCUAGAGAGGCCAACCAGCCAUCGUCGCUGUCACGACACGACUCUAAAAGUAAAUACUUCCAUCACAAAAAUGACAUGAGCGUUGACAUCCCUGAGAGUCAGAAAUAGCUUGUACUACUCGUUCUUCGACAAUACAAAGAAAAGUAAUGCAAUCGGAUCAAAAUAAGAACAAAGACAAUUCAAAGAAGGUGAAGUAUUUCUACUUGGCAGUUCCAGGAACCAGUGUCCGCGCCAAGAACGACAAAGAAGAAGCCUUUGUGUCCUUCUCUGAACUCUCCAACAAAAACACCAAGAAGAUAAAAAUAAGUUCGAACAAGAAGAAACCAACUCCUUACAAAAUUGACUAUUACCACUACACUGGUGAUAAUCGCGAGAAGAAGAGCAGCUACAAACACAGUUCAGGUGAGAAGCACAAAAGGAGCAAGAGCCAGACAAUCAGCUCCGUCAAAGGCCGAAAAGGAAACUCCCACUCGAUCAACGACACUUCAUCCGAAGAAAUGUCUUACUUGCUGCAGCAACAUCUGCAGAACAACAAGACGUCUUACAACCUUGUGAACGAGUACCUCGAGAACCCAGGGAAAGCAAGUAAUAUCACAGUUGUAAACAAAAAUUCUCAUUCCGAGAGUAAGUCAGCCAAUAGGUCAAGAGGAAAAAGACUCCAAAACGUAGGAAAUAAUGGCUUGAUCAAGGCCAAGCGCACUCAGACAAACAACGCAAACAUGAUCAAGAAAAUUGCGUUCAAGUCCUUCGACAAACGGAGAGCCGGAACCAAACUCGAAAGGAGAGAAGGAAGCCUCGAUGACCCUCUUUCGUUUCUGAGGUCGUCCAGUGCCUGAAACAAGUACACUUUUGAAAAACAAUCGGCAGGGAAGAAGUCGAACCGUACCACCAAGACAGGCCAUUCCAAAAAACAAAGUAAGAUGAGGAACAGCGGGAAUGCAGGCAACUAUUCGAAGAUUGCACCGAACAACGCUAUGUGACGGUUCAUGAAAAGCAAUAUUAGGUAGCUUUAGAAGUCCAGCACUCGUACAAAAUUAUUCAAU